UACGACGAUUUUUUACACUUUUCCUUGUCAUCUUGUAAAUGAUUACAUAAUAAAUGAUACUAGAUGUCUAACUUAUUACAUAAAGUAAUGCAAAUGUAUACAUUUAAUAGUCACUAUGUUUGUACGCUAGCAAAUUAUGAGGUAACUUUUGUAUGUAUAACAUUUACUUUAGUUAUCUAAAAUUAUUGGAAAGUUAGCUUUGUAAGUAGCAUAUAUACAUACAUAUAAUCAUGGAACACAAAUUCAAUAAUAUCCUUCAUGAUGAUAAUUCAUACAAGGUAUAUUAUUCUCACUUAUUUUGUUUUAAUCAAGAAACAAUAUGUAAGAAGUUGUUAUCAUUCAUGUACCGAUUAUUGUAAGAAGUUGUUAUCAUUCAUGUACCGAUUAUAUUUGCAGGCUGCUUUGAAAGCAUUAUGUAAUUUACAAAGCAAUGCUCAUUAUUUAAAAUCAGCAGUAAAAAACAAUCCGAAUGAUUUUAAUAAAUUAUCUGAAAUAAAAAAAUAUUUACUCCGAUGCGAUAUUACAUCUGAAAAGUUGGAUACUUUAUCUGUUAUACACGUAACAGGUACAAAAGGAAAGGGUUCCACUUGUGCAUAUACCGAAGCUAUCUUGCGCGAACAAGGCUUUAGCACAGGAUUCUUCAGUUCUCCACAUUUGAUUACCGUGAGAGAACGUAUAAGAAUAAAUGGACAACCAAUAAGUCAAACGCAUUUCAGCCAACAAUUUUGGAAAGUUUAUAAGAAACUAGAAGAUAUGAAAGAACAUGAAUUUGAUAUGCCUAUGUAUUUUAAAUUUUUAACAGUUUUAAUGUUUAACAUAUUUUUAGAUGCUAACGUGGAUGUUGCUAUAAUUGAAGUUGGAAUUGGGGGGGAACAGGAUUGUACAAAUAUUGUAAGAAAUCCUGUCUGUGUGGGUAUAACUAGUUUAGGAUUAGAGCAUACAUCUUUGUUAGGUAAUACUAUCGAGGAGAUAGCUUAUCAAAAGUCCGGAAUUUUUAAGCCAAAAACCUCUGCUUUCACCGUUCCACAGCUACCUCGAGCAAUGCGCGUAUUAGAAAAGAGAGCUGUAGAAAAGAAUUGUACGUUACAUCUUGUUCCUCCCUUUGAAGAAUAUAGAUGGGAAAAUCUUUCACCUAUUCUGAAGAUAACAAGUAAUAUACAACAACAGAAUGCAUCCUUGGCUAUUCAAAUGGCUACUACAUGGAUGACUAAAACAGAUAAAUAUUCAGAUAUUCUGUAUAAUGCUGAAAAUGGUAAUAAAUUUUACAACAAGUAUAAAGAAAAUACUCAGCUAAGUACAGUGAUAAAGCCAAACAUAACAUUCAUGGAUAAAAUUGCAGUAGGUAUAUCUUCUUGUAAAUGGCCAGGUAGAAUGCAAAUUUUAGAAAGUAGUAUUGCUAAUUUUUUCUUAGAUGGUGCACACACGAUUGAAAGUAUCGAAUGUUGUAUUUCUUGGUUUAACGAUAUAACUAGUAAAAGUAGGGGGAAAAGGUUUCUAAUUUUUAAUACAUCCGGGACUCGGGAUUCGGAAAAAUUAUUAACACCGUUAAAAUCUUUACGUUUUUCCAAAGCAUAUUUUGUACCAAAUUUUGCGGGGAUUCAAAGUAUAGACGAUGAAACGAACUGUUCGUCGAUGGAUGAACAAAGACAUAAGUGUGAAAUUAAUGCCAAUAUAUGGGGAACGGAUUCACUAGUUAAAAACAGCGUUAAAGAAGUUUUGCAGGAUAUAAAAAAGAACUUUGAAAAAGAAGUUAAUCGCGAUAACGACGAAAAAUAUCAAAUACUUAUUACGGGAUCGUUACAUUUAGUAGGUGCAGCUCUUACUAUUUUAGAUCGAAAUUUAACGAUGAGUUCGCAGUUUUAACGGAAUGUACAUAAUAGUAAUAUUUUUCUUCUUUCUUUCUUUCUUUCUUUCUUUUUUUUUACAAACAGUAGAAUUAUAUAUUAAAUAACUAUAAUAACAGUUGUAUGAAUUCAUGAUUUAGUAAUGAAAUAUUGUAUCAUUACUUCGAUGACAAUCAUUAAGUACUCGUUGAUAUUUUUUCUUAACAAUUUUUAUCUCUUUUUUUUUUUUUCUUUUUUUUUUGUACUUUCGUAUAAAUAUGUUUUUCAUAAAACUACGUAAACGUAAUGUUAUAAUAAUUUGUACAUGUGACAAGCAAGUGUUAUAUACGUUCACGUAUGACAUACAAAAUACGUGAUGUUAAAAUAAGAAUUGAGAAAGUGUUUAAAACAUUUUUGUAUGGUAAUCUAAUUCGGAUUCUGCUUCUGUGUCAGAUAAACUUAAAGAAACACCAGCUCUUCCUCGCAUACGGCUGUCGUCAGGACUCUGUAAUAUGUAUAUAAAAUAUUAUACAAUGUUUCAAAAGCAUACAAAGAUAUUUUUUAUACUGCGUGUUGCGUGUAAUCAGUUUUUAGUUGAAUAUUAAACAUUAUUUGAAAAA